UGAUACUCUCUCUGACAUCAUCGGUGUGCUGAAAAAUAUCCUCCCGCAUUCACAAGCAAUCGUGUGUCUAACAGCUGAUAGUACCCGAUGGUUAGCAGAUUCUAGACCUCGAACUCGAGCCAGACUCCCCAGUAUGAACCUCUCUAUCAUAGUCUGCCGUCGAGCUCGAAGGCCAGAGCAUCAGUGCCAUCAUCACCGAACCCCAACAGCAGCUAGAUGCAGUUGUCCACGAGAUCUCAAGCCUGGAAAUAGUCAUGGACAGUAUCAAAAAUCUUCACCAGCAAAUCGUCGAUCAGAACUCUAGUCCAUGGAUUUGCACAAGAGACUCAGGUCGGCGCUCUGGCGCUUGCCAACUGAACUCCUAUUCCACAUUUUUUACUUGUCGCCCACAUCAAAGCUGGCCCCCAUGCUGCUGACCAGGAUAUGUCGGCGAUGGAGGGAGGUUGCUGUGGGUAUGCCCAGUUUGUGGUGCAUGUUGUAUAUGCAACUCGACGACAGUGACUCAAUGCAGCGGGCAGGUUGCUACUAUGGCUCAAGCGAUCGCGAGGGUUUCCGCUCUCGUUAAAACUCGACUGCUUCGGAAAUAACUCAACCGAGCUACGAAGUUUUCUUCGGCCUUACAUCGAUCAAAUUUCGUUUCUCUCUAUCCGUCUGUCCCUACACGCGGUCCAACCUGAACUUCUGUUGACAGACCUCUCAGUACUUGAGGAGCUGACCAUACUUGGGGGGCUCAAUCUGGACAUUCCAGAAUCUAUUGCACAACCUAUCUCGCGACUACCGUCCACUCUGUGGUCUCAAUAUCGUUGGGUGGUCGUUCGACAUCGAGCGCAUAUCUUCUUACAAUCCUAUAUGGACCCACCUGACAAAUGUCGAUAUUGACAUACGUCAUCCGAAUGCAUUCCUCUACUUGCUCUAGCUAUGUCCCAACCUCCCCUCGUUAACGGUUUGCACAGAUUUCAUCCAAAUGCAAAGCUUAGAGCCAUUCACGCACACCGAAAUUCGAUCCAUAUGUAUCUAUUCUGUCUCUUCGGACACACGCCCUUAUCUGACCUGUUCGAUGCUCUAUCACUCCCCAAUUUACG